AUGGAAGAUACAAGCUUACAAGUGGUAAUUCGUGGAGAUGCAAGUGAAGCGCUGCGCUUGAGAAGACGGCAAAAGGAGGAGGUUGAGGAGAAGGAAAGAAGCGACGAUGAAGAAGCCAGUGACAAUGAUGAACGACAUAGUGUUGUGACUGAUCGCCUUGAAUUGAACAAAAAAGUAGUGACUCAGCCACAUCCAAUUUAUUUGAAGAUCGAUAUAGCAUGUCAGGAUGAUGUGAAGGUUGCUUUGAAAUUGUUCUACCUGCCAGAGUUGCGAGUAACGUGCAUGAAGUACAAAGUAACUGGAAAAUUGCCCACUCAUGGUGGUGUAUCCGCACAUGAAAACCUGCUUGAUUCCCUGUUCCCUGGCGAUGAUGGAACGGAAUGCCCUAAUCCCAUUGGAGCAGCGAAAUUGGCUCAAUUAAAGAUCGGUGUAGAUUCAUUCGCCAAUAAGUAUGGCCGCCCAUACCGCUUUGUGCAGGCGUUGACAGGAUCAGCUUCGCUAACUGGCGGAGAUCCACCAUCGAAAGCCGACAUAAGUGGCGUACAAUUGGCUGAUGUCCUACAUGAUGUUGUGAGAGCUAUUCGCGAUCGUGUUGGGGCGCGCGUGAAACUCGUCCAAUCUUCACCUAUGGACGCUAUACGGUCAUUUGAUGUGCCGUUAAAGAUGGUGACACAGAUUGCCUCCUUCAAGAUGAUCGAUGAAGAAACGUUCAUGUCAUCCGUGACGCCGAAUCUGAGGAUGCUUGCGACUCGAGAGAAAGGAGCGUUCUUCUUUUUAGCAGUUUUGGUGAAUAAACUAUCGGAUCUCAAAAUUCACGCCCAUAUAAUGUUACCUGUGGACUACCCCAAACAGUUACCACUUUUUGGUGUCACGGUCACAAAAAAUGGAACAAAAGAAUCACCCCAGCAAGUGUUUACGUCGGCUGAUUGCCAUAUUGUGAAGUCGCUGGAAAGGUAUAUCAAUGUCAUGACAGAAGAAAAUGUUGACCUGGAUUCUAUAUUAUUACGACAAUUGGCAUAUUUGACAAGUAGAUGCGAUGUUGUCGCCGAUCUAGUCCCUCAGUUCAACUCCGGAAGUAACACACAGUGGCAGCAUCUGUAUAGUAGAAUGUCGAGGUGA